AUGUACGCUCGUUUUGCAGAUAGAAACGACGAUCCCAUCUCGCCCAGGGUUCCCGGAAACUAUUCGGUGCAAAGUCCCUUUGGUUUGCCAAAGGGAAACAUCUCCCGUGCACGCUACGCUUACUGUUGGCCAACCCCCCUGCCAAGACUUACAAAUCAUGCGUCUGAGCUCCUUCCUGCUUGUGGCAAUGGUCACCCUGGCCGCAACCUGCUCCACCACUGCGGUCGCCGAGGACGCGGCGAUGACCAAGAGCCUGCCUGCCGAUUCGAGUCGCAUUUGAGCCGCGUGGACGACGAAGAGCGAGUGUUUUCUCUUUCCAGUCUGAAAAGCCUCAAGUCGGCGUUCGGCAAGAAGUGGACUAAGGUGACCGAGGCGCUCAAGAAGAAGAUCACGACGCCGAGCGAGGCGUACAGGAAGAAGGUGGAGAAGAAGAUGCUUCGCGACGAGAACAACUUCAUCCGCCGCUAG